UCAGUUCCGGGCCGACGGCGCCGCCAUUUUGCGGGUUUGUUUUGCCGAGGCGGAGGGAGGCGUCGCGGCCGGAGCCAUGAAUCCCGAGUAUGACUACCUGUUCAAGUUGCUGCUGAUUGGGGACUCUGGGGUCGGGAAAUCUUGUCUGCUGCUUCGGUUCGCUGAUGACACCUACACAGAGAGUUACAUCAGCACCAUUGGCGUCGAUUUCAAGAUUCGCACCAUCGAGUUAGAGGGCAAAACCAUCAAGCUACAGAUUUGGGACACUGCCGGUCAGGAGCGGUUCCGGACUAUCACAUCGAGUUACUACAGAGGAGCUCACGGGAUCAUCGUGGUGUAUGACGUCACAGAUCAGGAGUCCUACAACAACGUAAAGCAAUGGCUGCAGGAGAUCGACAGGUAUGCCAGCGAAAAUGUCAACAAGCUGUUAGUCGGCAACAAGUGCGACCUCACGACAAAGAAGGUGGUGGAUUACACAACAGCGAAGGAAUUUGCGGACUCGCUGGGCAUACCGUUCCUGGAGACGAGCGCCAAGAACGCCACCAACGUGGAGCAGGCCUUCGUGACCAUGGCGGCCGAGAUUAAGAAGCGGAUGGGGCCAGGGGCGACUGCGGGCGGCGAGAGGCCGAACCUGAAAAUCGACAGCACGCCCGUCAAACCCAGCACUGGCGGCUGCUGUUGAGGGCCGAGCAGGCCAGCCCGAGGUGGGGAAGGAGAUGUGGUACCACUCACGGGCGAAGAGUUCGGCGACUCACAGGAGGCGAGGGGCAAGCAAUCUCCUUUCCCGACACUCUUUAACAUCCUCUCAUGCACCUGUCUGUCUCUGUCGUUCCACCUUGCCCACCAUCCAGUCCUUCUCCUUCCCUCUCUCCCCACCAUCUCCCUCUCCCUCUUGCCCCCUCCCCCUUCCUCAGUUGUCUUUUCCGACCCUCCGGUGCCUGCCUCUCUCCCUCUCUGCUCUGUAUAUAAUAGGUCUGUCUCUCCGAGCUGACUUGUGUUUUGACUGUAAGCACAGGUGCGGGCAUCUUUUUGUACAAAACAGACAAACCGUUCAGUUUCCCGCAGUUCUUCUCGAGGCUGCUCCAGAUAUCAUGAUUUUAGAACCUUGUGGCUUUAUGGAUCAGAAAUAAAGUCUCCCCUGGAUCUGUC